GCAACCAGAAACGAACAUUAACAGUACCAAAUUUACGAAAUUGAUAGUUCAUUUAUACUUUUAACGAUUAAGUUUCUAUUUAAACCGAAAAAACUAUUUAUUUUUACAUAGCUUUUGAAGAAGUACAAUAUAUUAUUGGUCUUAGAAUGAACAUAAACUACUACUAUUUGAGAAAUAUUGUAGUUUUCGUCGAUAAAUCGGGCUUAGAGUAAUCCUAGGGACCCAAAACGUUUUAUAUUUUACGGACGCACGCAAAUUUUCAAAAAAUACUUUCAAAAGCAAACACUGACAAUACAAAUAGAAAAUCGAUGGCUCAUUUUUUACGUUGGACGCUUAAGUUCCUAUUAAAACCGAUAAAACCAUUUAGUUUUACACAGAUUUUUAAGAAGAACACUCGUAUAAUAUAUUACCAAAAUAAAGAAAUCGAUACAAUGUUGAAAUUACUGUGUACAGUAGCAUUACUUUUCGUAGCGGUGAAAGCCAACGAUGAAAAGACUAUUCCGUAUGCGUUUUUCGGAUCUAGAACUACUUACAAGACAGUUUCAUCAUUGCAUAUUGAUGUACCAGCUGGUUAUAGGGCACGUCAAGUUGUAAUGUUGGCGAGGCAUGGAACGAGAACUCCAAAGCUUAGCUAUUCCAAAGAUUUGCUACCGAAACUGGUAGAAUUUCAAAAGAAAAUUACCAAAAGUCCUACGUUAAGUGAAAAAGAUUUCCAAGCCAUAAAAAAUUGGACAACAACCAUCGACACCAAAAACUACAGACGUAUAACACAGAAUGGCCGUGAUGAAAUGAAAGAACUGGCAACAAGAGUUCGUGCAGCUUUUCCAUAUCUAUUCGAACAGCAUUACAACUCUAACAAUUAUGAAGUUUUGACCAUGAAGGAUUCACGUUGUGUUAAUUCAAGUCUAUCAUUUAUACAAAGCUUAUUUGAAGAUAAAAAAAUCACCGAAAUUCCUAAAUGUGAGCCUACGGAUCUCCUUCUAAUGUUAGAUAGUAUGGAAAAAAACGAUACGAAACGUAAAGAGUUUCAAACAUAUAUUGAGAAUCAGGCGAAAGAAUUCAAGGAAAGCCAUCAUAUGGAUGGUGUCUUGAAAAGGGUUGCGGCCAAAUUGGGCGUAGAUUCUAAAGAACUUGACCCUGAGAUCAUAAACACAAUGUACGAUGCCUGUGCCUACGAAUAUUCUAUUGACCAAAAUAGGAUUCCGCCGUGGUACAAAGCAUUCACCCAAAAAGACCUUGAAAUUUUGGAGUACGCAUGGGAACUUUCUUGGUACUAUAUAAUUGGUUAUGGAAAUCCUUAUAACAAAAAACUCGCUUGUCCGAUGGCCAUACGUCUCGAAGAAUUGCUUAGAAAAAAAACUAAUGAAGAAGGACCAGAUGCUGUAUUCUACUUUGCAUGCGAGAAAAACAUAAUGACUAUGCUCUUCAUGUUAGGCCUAGCCGACGGUGACGAUCCAUUUACGGCAUCCAACUACAAAGGUAUAGAAGGCCUUAAUUGGAGAACUUCUUUGUACGGUGUAUGGGCUGCAAAUUUUAUGGCUGUACUAUUCGAAAACGCUAAUAGUGAAUACGAAGUAGCAUUUUAUUUCAACGAAAAUUUAACAACUAUAACUUUAAAAAAUGGUACAAAGUGUACAUACUGUCCGUUGUUGGGUAUUCAAGAAAAGUUAACAGCCUUUAUAUCCGACAAUGACUGUGUCAAUUUUGUAGCUGAUAAUAUCUUAAAAAUCACUCAAGAAACAAAUCAAUACUGGUAUUUAAGCACGAAAACCGCUUACAAAUUGGUUUCUGCAAAAGAAAUCUUUGUACCGCCUAAUCAUAAACCAAUUCAGAUUUUUACUGUAAACAGUCACGGUACGCAACCUUUAACACGUAGCUUUACUACAAGUGUGUUAAAUUCGCUUGAGAUCUUAAAAGGAAAAAUCGGUGAAAAUGCGAAAAUGACCCCACCGGAAAUUCAAGCUAUUAUGAAUUGGCAACAAAGUAUUAAAAACAAGCUAAACAAUAAAAAUUUGAUCCCAAAAGGUCAUGUUGAAAUAAAGGAAUUGGCUUUGAGAGUUCGGAAAGCAUUCUCAGAUUUAUUUAAACAGUCAGACAACUAUAAAGCAUUGACAAUAGGAGAAGAUCGUUGUAAAGAAACUGGAAUACUGUUUCUACAAAAUGUUUAUGGUAAUACAAAUAUUGCCGACGUUUCCAAAUGUAAUGACGAUGACUUCUUUUUAACGAUUGAAAAGAUUAAAAAACGAAAACACGAGGAUGAAAAAGAGCUCGAAAGUAAAGAAUUCAAAAAAAGCUAUUUUAUGAAUAAAGUUGUUGAUAGAGUUAAAGUUAAAAUGGGAGCUAACGAUAUUACUUUAGAUGAUGUAAACAUUAUCUAUGAAGCAUGUCGCGACGAAAGGUUAUCUGAUGACGAAUCGCUUCCCCCUUGGUGUAUUGUAUUCUGUAAAGAAGACUUAGAAGUUUUGGAAUAUUAUGAGGAACUGCAACUGUACUAUGCUUAUGGAUACGGAAAUCCGUCCAAUGUGAAACUCGCAUGUCCAAUGGCUGUUCAACUGCUGAAAACUUUGGAAGAAAAAAUUAAUAAAAACAAAGGACCCGAUGGUUUAUUUCACUUUGCAAACACGACUAACAUUUUGAGCUUACACGUCAUGUUGGGUUUGGGCAAAGACCACAGUCCACUCACGGCAUCGAACUUUAUUGAAAAGAAAAAUCGCCAAUGGAGGAGUUCCAUGUUCAGCCCGUCGGCUGCAAAUUUUAUGGCCGUACUUUUCAAAAACGCUAAUAAUGAUUAUGUAGUAGCAUUUUAUAUCAACGAACGUAUUACAAGGAUACCUUUAGGAAACGGUUCGUCUUGUACAGAAUGCCAGUGGUCAGAUAUUCAAAACAAGUUACAAGCAUACAUAAGCGACAAUGACUGUGUUCACUUUAUAGCUGACUACAAUAAUUAAACAGCCGGACCAUUUUUAUUUUGAUCAGUUUUUAUUCAAUAAUUAUUUUACAUAUUUUUAAGUAUUUACAGUGGUGUAUUAUAAACAAUAUCGUUUGAAUUCAGUUAUUCAGUAAAAGUUGUCAUUUAAUUAAAUAAAUUACUGUUGUGUUAA